AUGGCCAUACCUCCCUCUUACGCUGAUUUAGGAAAAUCUGCCAGGGAUGUAUUCACCAAAGGAUACGGUUUUGGAUUCAUAAAGCUUGAUUUGAAAACAAAAUCUGAAAAUGGACUGGAAUUCACAAGUUCCGGAUCAGCAAAUGCCGAGACCAGUAAAGUCACUGGAAGCUUGGAAACAAAGUACAAAUGGUCAGAAUAUGGUCUGACAUUCACAGAGAAGUGGAACACAGAUAACACGCUCGGCACAGAGAUCACAGUAGAAGACCAACUUGCAAAAGGACUGAAGUUGACCUUUGACUCUUCAUUUUCUCCUAACACUGGAAAGAAGAAUGCGAAGAUUAAGGGUGCAUACAAACGAGAACACAUUAAUGUAGGCUGUGAUAUGGAUUUUGACAUCGCUGGUCCAUCAGUACGAGGCGCAGUAGUAUUUGGCUAUGAAGGUUGGUUAGCGGGCUACCAGAUGACUUUCGAAUCAACCAAGUCAAGAGUUUCCCAGAGCAACUUUGCUGUCGGAUACAAAACUGAUGAAUUCCAAUUGCACACUAAUGUAAAUGACGGGACAGAAUUUGGUGGCUCAGUAUACCAGAAAGUGAACGAUAAGCUGGAGACUGCAAUAAACCUAGCUUGGACAGCAGGAAACAGCAACACCCGCUUUGGAAUUGCGGCCAAAUAUCAGAUUGAUUCAGAUGCUUCUUUUUCUGCUAAAGUUAAUAAUUCAAGUCUGAUUGGAUUAGGUUAUACUCAAACACUAAAGCCAGGUAUCAAAUUAACUUUAUCUACUUUGCUGGAUGGCAAGAACAUCAAUGCAGGAGGUCACAAACUGGGCCUUGGACUGGAAUUUGAAGCAUAA